AUGUCAGCCCCUUCCACACCACUACCGAAGGGCCCCACACAUCGCCUCGCUCUUCUUGAGGCCAGACUAGAUGGCAAAGAGACUACCAAACCCCCGGCUCCCCUCCCGACAGAAGAAGACGACGUCCGAAGCUUCUCCUCUGACGCAUCUCAGCUUCGUGUUUACAACCCACGUCGCCGAUACGCACCGAGAGCCCGCUCUCGUGAUUCCAUUCCCAACAUUUCCAACAAAAAGCGCAAGCGGUCCUCGCCGGCCGCGAUGCGCAACACCCGCGUCGACUCUUUCUUUAAACCGCUCACACCACUUGGUGAAAAAGAACAGCCAAGAGAGGCCAAGAAUCCGAGAAAGUCUUUGAAGGAGGGCAGAGUCCCUAGCGACCCUGAUGUUGAUAUGACUCCUACCCGACGUCAGCUCUGCUUCGCAGAGCAAGACGCCUGCGACGAAAAUAACAGCGAAUCCGUUGCCAAUGAAAGUUACAAGUAUUUUCGAGCUCAUGUAGACAAGUUGACAGCUGAAAACGACAAGCUUCGAAGUGAACAUGAUCAAGCUGAAGUCUUGCGAUCUGAAAACGAAGACCUCCGCACCCAGCUGGAACUCGAAGUACCAGACUUGCGAGAUCAACUAGCCAAGAAAACAGUCGAACUGGAAAGCAGCGUUGCUCGGGCUGAUGCGCUCGCUGUGGCUUUACGUGAUAUAGUGGUGCUCUUGGCGAAAGCCCAGCGCCGUGAAGCAAGGAGCAAGGCGGUGAAUGAUAGUGAGCGCUUGGGUAAGGUGGUCGUGGAGCGCACUCGUACCACGUUGAACGAAGUCUGGGAAGAUGGUGAUGAAUGGAAGCAGUUAGAAGCGGAUCUGCAACGGAUACAGCUUGAACGGGAAACUCUGGAGAAGAAGCGCAAAGAAGUCUCCAAGAAGAAGGCCCUCGCUCAGAAGAUGCAAACUGCACACUCAGAAAAUCAAGGGAGAGAAGCAGAAGUCGUCACCCCAGCGAAAUCGGCCAGCCGAACAGAAAUGCCACCUCCGCGCAAACCGAGAUCGCGAUCACCAACUGAACCCUUCGAAGAAAGCCUCGAAUAUGUCUCAGAACAAGAAGAGAUCUAUCGUGUGCAGCUCCAGCUGCUCAGACGGGAGGAAUCAACGCUCCAAGAUCGUCGCGUGCAUUAUCUCCGCAAACGGGAUUUGAUAGUUCGCGAGCUUCGCCGUCAAAAUGAUGAACGCCAGUCGCCGUUCAGCAAUUUUCCUGUGCUCAAUGAUCGCUAUGUGGUGUUGAAUCUCUUGGGACGUGGUGGAUUCAGUGAAGUCUUUAAGGCCUUCGAUUUGCGGCGUGCUACUCAUGUGGCUUGUAAGAUCCAUCAGCUCGCGUCGAACUGGAGUGAGGAAAAAAAACGAAGCUUCAUAAGACAUGCGUGGCGUGAAUACACUAUUCACAAGUCCCUCAAACAUCCUCGGGUUGUGCAGUUAGUGGACAUUUUUGAAAUUGACGAAAAUACUUUCUGCACCGUGCUUGAGUACUGCGAAGGCUGUGAUCUUGACUCAUACUUGCGGUCGAAUAAGACACUCGCGGAGAAAGAAGCAAGAUCGAUCAUUGCGCAAGUUUUUUCGGGGCUUCAGUAUCUUGCUGAACAGCAGAGGCGAAUUAUCCACUACGACCUGAAGCCCGGUAAUAUUUUACUGUACAAAGGUGAAGUUCAAAUUACUGACUUUGGACUGUCGAAAAUAAUGAACGAGACAGAAUCAACGACAGAUGGAAUGGAGCUGACCUCACAAGGUGCUGGUACCAUGUGGUACCUGCCCCCAGAAUGCUUCGAAACGGGUCAACAGGCCCGUAUAAGCGUUAAAGUGGACGUAUGGAGUGCGGGGGUGAUCUUGUUUCAAAUGUUGUACGGCCGCAAGCCCUUCGGUCAUGACCAAUCUCAAGAAAAGAUGUUUCGUGAAAAAACUGUGUCACAUCAAGAGCUCCAGUUCCCGACCCGUCCCGGCGUCUCAGAGACUGCGAAGGACUUCAUGCGCAAAUGCCUCACAAGAAAGGCAUCCGCUCGGCCAGAUGUUCGCCAAGCUCUGCUUCAUCCCUUCUUUAACAAACGAUGACGCGCCCUGUAGUAACAUGGAGAAUCGCUAAUCGCUAUGAGCAACUUCGUCGUCUGAACCUAUCCCCAUGUAUCCUCGUCGAAAUCCCCGGGCAGGAGGCCGGGGGCAUGUCCGAAACUACAGAAGCGGCUGCUCCAACUCGACACACUCGUAUUUCGCAAGGAUUUCGCGACAACUUCAGGCAAAUCCUAUUCUGAGCUGUGUUUCCAACAUCACAAGCGACUCUACAUGCCCGCACUAGAUGACCAUUCAACGAGUCGACGAUUCAAGGCAAGCGAUGUGUACAUAGCUGUCGCGGCUCACUACUGAAAUUAUACGCUUGCGUUUCUAACCACAAGUAAAAUCAGGUGAAGCGCCCGAA